AUGAAGUUCCAGACCGGCCAUUCACCCCUGCUGCUCCUACUGCUGCCUUCGCUGGCCGUCGGCAUCUCGCCUCGCGCCGUCACCGCAGCCAAGGACGACAACUCCAAAUCCAUCUCCUCUUCUUCUCGUAAUGCCGACGAUGCUACGAAUGUCGAAGCAGCCGCUGCAGACCGACGUUUCAUACCCACUAGAGAUGCCCCCGUUGAUGGCAAGGAUGGGAAGCCUCAUCUCGGCCCCUUUGUCGAGACUGACGGUGUGGCUGUCGAUAUGAAUGGCAACCAACUACCGCUAUUAAAGGGCCGACCCAACGACCCAACCCGGGUUGGCGACCAGAAGAUCCCCGAAACGAAUUCUGGUGUCAUGUUCGAUAAGAAUCGUGAUCGACCUGAAAAGGGAAUUUCUACGGGCACCGAAGGCGGCGUCACCGAGAAGUCAAAGGCACGGAAGGAAAAGGAGGGAAAGACCGGCGAGAAGGUCCUCACGCAACCAGAAUCUCCCAAAGAGAAGCCACCACUGCCACAUAGCGAGGAACGGAAAUUGCAUGGCGGCAAGGACGAAGACACUGACAAGUCAAAACUACACAAGCAGGACGGCAGCAAAGACUAUACAGGUCUCGAUAAACCCGAUGAUCUCCCCGAUACACCAAACAAAUCCAAAUCAUCGUCAACGACAACAAAAGAUCCGCUCGAGCCCCCACCACCGAAAACCAAGGACACAUCCCAGUCCAAAUCCAAAGUCCCCGUUGAACAAAAGGAUGAGAGCAUUAUCCAGCCAUUCCAUUCAUGGAUGCUAUCCUUUACCAUGAUUCUUGUCUCUGAAAUUGGUGACAAAACUUUUCUUGUGGCUGCACUGAUGGCCAUGAAGCAUGAUAGAAUGGUGGUGUUUUCUGCCGCUUUUGGUGCCUUGCUUGUCAUGACUGUCUUGUCUGCUGUUCUGGGACAUGCUGUUCCUACUCUGAUUCCUAAGCGCCUCACAAGCUUCAUGGCAGCAGCCCUGUUCUUUGUCUUUGGUGCUAAACUCCUCAAUGAGGGUAUGAAGAUGGACCCCAAUGAAGGCGUUUCAGCUGAGAUGCACGAGGUGGAACAGGAGCUAGCAGAGAAGGAAAAGGAGAUGGGCAAUGGGCAUAACGGUGUUUCCGCUUACAACCUGGAAAUGGGACUUGGUGGCAGGAAUUCUCGGUCUAAGAGCCGUUUCCCCUCGCCGCCUCGAUCGCCAUCACAAUCCCCAUCACGCAGCCCUCCCCGACGCUCCGGAUCCAUGGGCGGUUUCAUGCAGGGAGUUGGUAACCUCUGCUCUCUGCUCUUGAGCCCGGCCUGGGUCCAGACCUUUGCCAUGACGUUUUUGGGCGAAUGGGGUGAUCGCAGCCAAAUCGCAACUAUUGCCAUGGCUGCUGGCCAGGACUACUGGUGGGUGACUCUCGGUGCAACCUGCGGACAUGCCAUUUGCACCGGUGUGGCUGUUAUUGGAGGACGGGCCAUCGCCGGAAGAGUCAGUCUGAAAAUCGUCACCGUCGGCGGGGCCGUUGCCUUCCUGAUCUUUGGCUUCAUUUACUUCCUCGAGGCUCUAUACGCAUAG